AUUAAAAAAAAUAUGGUUAGGUGUAUUAUUGCUACAAAAUACAAUUAUAAAAAUAAUAUAAAUUAGCGAUUAGUAGCAGAAAAUUAGUUCAAACUAGUGUUAUUUAUACUUUAUUUAAGUUAAUUUCGAGAGUUUAUUAAACUGGAUCGAAUAUUUUUCAACUAACCUAACCGGUUUGUACACUCAAAAUUUUUUAAAUAAAUUAAAAUUCAGUGCACUUCCGUAAUUUGAAAAAAACACACGUUUAAAAAUGCUGUCUUUAAUCUGUCAGAAUGCUAAAAUUCUACCCAAGUUUAUGUGCAAUGUGAGAUGUGCAAGUCAAUCACAUAAACCCAAAACUGCCAUAAUUAUGUUAAACAUGGGAGGACCUCAAACGGUAGACCAGGUUGGUGAUUAUCUUCAUAGAAUAAUGACAGAUCGUGAUAUGAUACAAUUGCCAGUUCAAAGUAAGUUAGGACCAUGGAUAGCUAGUCGAAGAACUGAGGAAGUUAAAAAGAAGUAUCAGGAAAUUGGUGGAGGAUCACCAAUUUAUAGAUGGACAGAUUUACAAGGCAAAUUGCUAACAGAAGCCUUGGAUCAAAUGUUACCUGAGUCCGCACCACACAAACACUACAUAGCGUUUAGAUAUGUACCACCAUUUACUGAUGAAACACUGCAAAUGAUAGAGGCUGAUGGUGUGCAAAGAGCUGUGAUAUUCUCACAAUAUCCACAGUACAGUUGUGCAACCACUGGGUCGAGUUUGAAUGCAAUCGCUGACUUCUAUAAGGAUAGGAAACAGCCAAAUAUAAAAUUCAGUUUGAUAGAACGGUGGGGAACAAAUCAGCUCUUAGCCACAGUUUUCGCUGAACGAAUCAAAGAGAAGUUGAAGCUAUUCGAUGGGAGUGUUAGAGAUGAUGUCAUGAUUAUGUUCACUGCGCAUAGUUUACCAUUAAAGGCGGUAUCCCGUGGUGACACAUACCCUCAUGAGAUAGCAGCAUCAGUUGCUGCCACCAUGAGUAAACUCCAGGUGCCGAACCCUCACAGGCUUGUGUGGCAAUCGAAGGUCGGGCCCUUGCCAUGGCUUCAGCCGUACACUGAUGAUGCUAUUAAGUCAUACGCAAAGAAGGGAGUGAAACACAUGAUCCUUGUGCCAAUAGCGUUUGUCAAUGAACAUAUUGAGACAUUACACGAGUUGGAUAUUGAGUACUGUGAUGAAGUGGCUAAAGAGGCUGGUGUUAAGCAAAUAGAGAGGGCUGCAGCACCCAACGAUCAUCCCACAUUCAUAGCAGCUAUGGCCGAUGUUGUGGCCAAGCAUUUAACAUCUGGACCAAGUGUCUCCAGACAGUUUUUGUCCAGAUGUCCACACUGCGUUAGUGCAAGAUGUCAGUCAUCUAAAGAGUUUUACAAAAAAUUGUGCAAUUAUAUUGAGUGCUCUAAAGAGAUGUAAAAAUUUUAAAUUAAAUUUAGGUUUUUUUAAAUAGACAAAUAAGUUUGUCUAUUUAUAAAAAAAAUAUGGAUUCCAUCGCGGAAUAUCUUGACUUGUUAUGUUAAUAAAAUUCGAUUUGUUUACAAAGGAAAUAGAUUAAAAGGUUUAAUUAUAAGACAAUUACUCAUAAUAUGGCAUGGUCACCAGACUAAAUAGUUGUUAAUUAAUGGUCACGUAACUAAGUUAAAUAUCAUAGCAGUGUCGUCGACAAUUUGAAGCUUACAAGGCUUAAAAUGAUAUUUGUCCCACAUUUGGGACCAGGCAAUGAAAACUAAAUAAACACAUUGUACUGUAUUUUCUUAUAGUUUGUAUAUGACAUUGUUGUAAUGAAGCCAUCACAAUCUCAAUGCAUUUGAAUUAUAUUUAGCGGAAUUGUUUUCUAGGGUUUUAGGUUAUUGUAUAUAUUUGGUACAUAAUAAAUGUUUUUGGUUAUA